AUGCAGAGUUCAGAUACGAAGCCCGACAGCUUCACUUUUGCGUGUCUUGCCCGGGCCUGCUCUGAGAAGUUCGACAUCAAAGGGUUGAGGAGUUUGCACGCCAGUAUGGUUGUUUCAGGCUUUGGGUUGGACUCGAUAUGUAGCAGUGCCCUUGUUAGUGCUUAUUCGAAAUUGGGUCAUACUAAUGAAGCGGGGACGGUGUUUUGUGGGAUUCUUGAGCCAGAUUUAGUGCUAUGGAAUUCAAUGAUUUCGGGCUAUGGAUCUGGUGGGAAUCCAAGUAAAGGGCUGGAGUUGUUCAAUAGGAUGAGAAAGCUUGGGGAGCGUCCUGAUGGCUAUACUAUUGUUGGCUUGGUUGUGGGUUUAACUGAUCCUAACUUGGUUCCAAUCGGUGAACUAAUUCAUGGAUUUUGUUUGAAAUCUGGGUUUGAUUCCAACAAUCAUGUAAAUAGCGCACUCGUGAGUAUGUAUUCUAGGUUUAAGUGCAUGGUUUCUGCGUGUAAGCUGUUUUCCAAUUUGUCUCAGCCUGAUCUAGUGACUUGGUCCUCCCUGAUCACGGGUUUUUCUCUGUCAGGGGAGCAUGCUGUAGCCUUGGAUUUUUUCAGGGAUAUGACCAUGGAAGGCAAAAGACCUGAUCAUGUGUUGAUAGCUAGUGCAUUGGCAGGUGCAGCACAGAUCGCAAUUGUAAAACCUGGCAUUGAGAUACAUGGGUAUGCUAUCAGACAUGGAAUGGAGUUUCAUGUCCUAGUGUCCUCUGCUCUGAUUGACAUGUAUGCGAAGUGCGGUUUCUUGGAUUCAUCUAUCAAGGUUUUCAAAAUUAUGCCAGAAAGAAACAUUAUCUCUUACAACUCUAUAAUAUCUAUUCUUGGUUUAUAUGGACUUGCUAACGAGGCAUUCCUACUGUUUGAGGAGGUCUUGCAGGACGGCCUGAAACCAGACGAAAAUACUUUUGCCGCUAUCCUCGGGGCAUGUUGCCACAGUGGUCUAGUUGAUGCUGGCAGGGAAUACAUGAGAAGAAUGAAGGAUGAAUUUAGCAUCUCAGCUAAGACUGAGCAUUAUGUUUUCCUAGUUAAGCUUCUCGGGAUGGCUGGAGAAUUGAAAGAGGGUUAUGAACUUAUCCAAUCUUUAGAGGAACCAGUUGACUCAGGCAUCUGGGGUGCACUUCUGUCAUGCUGCAAUGUUCAUGGAAAUCAUGAAAUGGCAGAGAUCGUGGCUGAUAAUCUCUCUAAAAGCGAAAACUAUAAAAGCAGCUAUGAGGUUAUGCUUUGUAAUGCAUAUGCUAGUGAUGGAAGGUGGGAUGAUGUCCAAAAGAUAAGGGCAGAUUCCAAGGCCCUGAAAUGGAAAGUUCCUGGUAUUAGCUGGAUUGCUGAUGUGAACUAA